CGUAAUUUGACAGCGACCCAGGCUUUUCUUCCUGCCCCCGAAGACUCGCAGCUCGCGUAUUACUCGACAUUUGCAAAAGGACGUCUCCUCCAGACUCCUUGCUCAUACAACAACCACAACAACUACUUCGCAAACAUGGCGAAGAAAGGACAGAAAAAGGUCGUCCUGUCGCUCACCGACUUCCUCGCCGCUGACGAAUUUGGUUCGUCUUGGGCUGACGACGUCGAGACUCUCCCUAGCGCUCCCGCUGCUUCGGCUUCAACCUAUUCCGGAGAGAACCGCGGCUAUGCUUCAUACGAGGCUGGAGGCGAUGGUAGCUUCCGUGACAACCGCCCGGCGGUGGCACUCCCAGACCGACCUCCGUACACCUGCUUCGUUGGAAACUUGUCCUACGAAACCACUGAAAAGGACCUCGAGAUGCUGUUCCGCGAUUUGCGAGUGAAGAACAUUAGGCUCCCUACUGACGUGGACAAGAAGCCCAAAGGUUUCGGUUACGUCGAAUUUGACGACCGUGAAUCUCUGGCUGAAGCCGUGAAGUUGAGCGGACAGAGCCUUUCGAGGCGCAACAUUCGUAUCGACGUCGCUGAGCCUCCCAAAAACUCUCGCGGCGAUUCUGACCGACCAAACCGUGACGCAGAAUUGGGCAACCCAUGGAGGAGAGCGGACAAUGUCCCGGCUCCACUAAGCGACCGCUACACUGACCGCGACCGUGGAGGUGGUCGUGGAGGAGACCGCGAAUUUGGUGACAGGGGUUUCGGUGGCGGCUUCGGUCGUGAUCGCGACGAGAGGCCGAACGGUGGUGGCUUUGGAGGCGGGCGAUAUGGAGACCGGCCAGACCGCGGUUUCGGCGGUGGAGGCUUUGGUGGCCCUCGUGGAGGAGACCGCGAAGGCUUCGGUGGCCCUCGAGGAGGAGACCGCGAAUCUGCCCGUGCCGAACCCCCUAUGGUCCGCAAAAAGCUCAACCUGGCCCCUGUCCCUGCUCAUCUGAAGAAACCCGAAUCUGAUGAGGCCGUCAAAAGCCCCACAGCAGAGACAACCUCGGAGGAAAAGACCACCACGGAGGAGCCCAAAAAACACAAGCCAAACCCCUUCGGUGCCGCGAAGCCCCGUGACGAGAACGAGAUUAUGAAACAAGUCGAGGAGCGUCGCCGUCAGCGGGAGGCUGAGAAGAAGGCAGAGCAGGAAGCUGCCAAGAAAAAGGCCGAGGAGGAAGCCAAGAAGAAAGCUGAGGAGGCCGCCGAAGCAAAAAGGAAAGCCGAUGAGGCUGCCGAGGCCAAGCGAAAGCAGGAAGUAGAGGAGAAGAAGAAGGCCGACGAGGAGCGAGCGAAGAAGGAGGCUGAAAAGUCCGCUGCCGCCGCCAAGGACGAGCCCGCAAAGGACAAAGCCGUGGACGCCCCUGCUGCUGCUGACGCACCAAAGAAGAUCCCCGCCGAUCCCAAGCGGACAGGCUCCUCCGACCCCCGCCCUUCCGCUCCUGACCGCAACAACCGCUCCUUCAGGGAUGGAGCGCCGGCCCCGGAGUCCCGCCCUGAGGCAGCCAUGUCAUGGAGACGAGAGGCGCCUGUCAAGCCCGCCGGAUCAUCCGAGGACCGUGGGGGACGUGGUGGACGAGGCGGUCGUGGUGGCCGUGGUGGAUCUGUGCGUGGACGUGGUGGGUUCCGUGGAGGACGUGAGGACGGACGUGGUGAUAGUCGUGAUAGCCGUGAUAGCCGUGAUAGUCGUGGUGUUGCUCACCGUGAAGGCGGUGUCAAUGGCGACCGCGCUGCAUCGGGAAGUGGAAACAACAAAGCACCCAAACCCCUGCCGACCCUCGAGAAGAAGGUUGAGAAGCUUGAAAGCAAAAACGUUUUCGACUUGCUCGGCGUAAGUACUUGAGUGCUCUUCACUCUCGCUCUGAUCAAGUCGUGGAAACUGACGUUUCCUCCCAUCCCUUCCCCACUUACAGGACGAAUGAUUUAAUGCGUGGUCCCAUGUUUUUCAUUCUCUUACUCGUUUCUUUCAGAUAGAUUGUAUAUGUAUCUAGUUUGCAAAUAUUCAU